AUUUUCCCUCCCUCUCUCGGCUAGCUCUUAACAGACGAGAACAAAAACCAAACAAAAGAAAAAAAACUACUUCCUCAAUCUCCUCUCUCGGCUCUCACGGACAGAGGACAAGAAAAAAAAAGAGAGACUCCACCCUUUUGGCUCAAUUUGCUCUCUCGGCUCUCUCCCUCAUCAGACAAGAGGAACAAAAAAAAAAAAAGGGGGCUCCCUCUACACAUUUUCUUCCACAAAAUCCAAACACAUUUGCACACAACAAGGCAGCAAUCGGUUGGAUUGGAGCUUGGCAAUUUCAUCAAAAAUCUUGGCAAAGGGACCAAACUCUUCAUUGAGGGAUUCAUUUCGCACACAUGUCUAUAGAAAGACCUCUGCGAGUGUCUCUUUAUUGGGGAGGUAAAAUACAUUAUGAGGAUGGGUCAAUUUGUUACUUACCUCGUACCUCCAACCGUACAUUCACAUUGCGGCAUAGAAUUGGUUAUGAGGAGCUGGUGGACAGAAUUUAUCAAUAUAUGGGGGUCGAUAGAGGGAUGUUCAAGUUGAAUUUAUUUCUCCGCCAACCGUGUGGCCGUACCUCUUAUAAUGUCUCUACAGUGGUGGAUGAUGAAACUCUGGAGAUAAUGUAUGAUGUAUGGAACGAAAUUGUUCCAUACAUCGCCGAACUUUAUAUCGAGAAGGAGGAAAUUAUCCAAAAUCCUCGAGUCAGUAGCAUAUUCAUUCCAUCAACUAUCAAUGUUGGUCCGAUGAUGUCGCUUGUCCAUGCAUGCAUGGAUCCAACAAGGUUUCGGUCCCAUUCUAGUACAGCGGUACCAAAGACAGCAUCGGCAUCACAAUGUACACAUGGGGAUUGGGUUAGAGACUCGUCAGAGCCACGGAUCACAUCAGGCUUACUGCGUGAUGUUGAAUAUGUUCAAGGCCUUGACUCGAUUCCAAGUUUUAGAGAUCCAGAAUCGCCGAAUCAUAUGUCUUCUUAUGGCUUGGAUUCCACUCCUGGUCCAAGUCGAUCUAACACAUUGCUAGAUGAUGUGUAUGCUAGAGGACAUGACAAACUCCCUGCUUCGGAGGGAGACGAUGAUUCGGAGCCUGAUGCAGAAGAUGUAGAAGAAUCUGAGUCGGUAGAUGUGUCGGACAGUGACUCAGAUGGCGAAAAUAAACCUUGUGGAGUCCACCAGGAUGUCGAGAACCAACAGCCCUUUACUCCAGCAGGCAGCCUCUCAUAUGUUCCACGGGGAAUUGCAUUUUUCUCUAACCUUGGAAACAUAAAUGAUGACGACCAACUCACUGAUGAAGGUGAGUUGAAGCGCAUUGUAACAUUCAGUGAGGAGAAUAAUAAUUUUAUACGUCUACAUAUGAAGUUUGAGAGCAAACAACAGCUCAGUAGGGAUAUUAGAAUGUGUGGUCUAUCAAUCAUAAUAGGGAGUUCAGGGUUGUUGAGAGCAAGAGUAACACCUGGGUUGCCAAAUGUAAAUCUGCAUUUGAAAGGAGCACUACCACUGCUUCCGGCCCAUCGUAUCCUCCAUGCGAUUGGUGUGUCAGAGCAGUGAAAAAAAAGACUCAUGGAUUGUGGCAAAUUACCAAAUGGGUCAACGACCACAAUUGUCUAGGUGAUUGAUGAGUAAUAGCAAUACAAGCUUUACAUCUUCAGUUAUUGCUAGACACAUAGUUCAUAGAAGCUCAUGGUGAAGAUGAGCAAGGAGCUUAUGGCGAAGUCGGGAGAGAAGAAGCUUCGGAACUCGGCAGCCCCUCAGCUUAAUUUACUUUGUUUUUGUUUUUGUUUAAUUUUUACCUUUUUUUUUUGUUUUGGAUUAUCUUUUGUUUACUCCCAUCGACUGUCCUUUGUUCAAAUGUUUUUGUUUUGUCUUAAUCUCGUACUUCUAUAUACCCCAUUCUGCGGUUAAGUCGAAUUUGGGAUGUUCGUGGUGUUCGACUGGAUCAACACUUCAUUGUAGGGGAGUACUGGUUUCUUUUCCCUCCCUUCACAUUGAGGACAAUGUGAAUUUUAAGUGUGGGAAAAUUAAAGUUUUCAAUGUUUUGGUUA